AUGACCUUUAAGAAGGAACGGUAUCCCAGCCAGUCACAGCAAAUGAAAACAGAGAGUUUUGUGAUUACGGUGAAAAAUGUAUCAAUGACUCCCUCAGAUGGACACAAUGUUAUCUGCCGAGUGGACUCUAUGGGCAGGAGAAGACAGAAUGGAACCGUCCUCAUUGUCAGCAGACCACCUAACGAGGCACAGAAUUUUUCCUGUGAAACAAAUGACUUACAAAGGUUACACUGCACCUGGAAGUCCGGGCCUCUUUAUAAUUUCUAUGGUCAUCUGGCUGUAAAAUACAUAUUGCAUGAAAGGUUAUCUGGAAGGUCGGCUUCUUGCUCCAGAGAGAAUUGUACUUGGCCCAUUGUAAGGAACCAG